GGGCUCGGGCGGACGCAGUGCGGCCGCAGCUCUGGCCUUAAGCCGGGAGGGGGGCGCGUUUCCCUCGCUCCCUCCCUCCCGUCACCGCGGCUUUUGAGGAACGGGGCUGAGAGGCUGCAGCGCAGGUCGCAGGGUCCCGCAUCCCCGAGGACUCCUGCAGGAGCCGGAGCGCCACCGAGGAAGCUGGACGCCGAGGAGGCCGGCGGCCUUCCGAAAAUUUCCCCCGCGGCCCUUCGUUCUGGGCUUAGAAAGUUCUCGAUUUCACGUUUCCUUUUUUUAAUCCCGAUUAGCUCCUCGCCUGCACUAUUUUUUUUUUUCCGGGAGAGGUGGGGGAGUGUGAGGAACGGAACGAAGAAAAUAAAAAAGGAUUUCCGCCCAGAAGAGAGCGACAGUUCUGAGAGCUUUUUCUUAAGGAAACAGAAGCGGCGUUUGCGGCCGCUGCGGGCGCCGGGCCCCGCCGGCCUAGCUAUGCGCGAGCCGGCUCCGGGCUGCUGAGGCGCGGGCACGCGGAAGCGGAGGCCCACCGCACCGGGCUCCCCGCGCUCCCAGGCGACUUCUGUCCGCCGGGCGGGAGCGGCGGCGGCGACGGCGGUGGCGGGAUGGAGCCCACGACCGCGCCCCAGCCCGACAUGGCGCCGGAGCUGACCCCGGAGGAGGAGCAGGCCACCAAGCAGUUUCUUGAAGAGAUUAACAAGUGGACAGUUCAGUACAACGUUUCCCCCCUCUCUUGGAAUGUGGCCGUCAAGUUCCUCAUGGCCCGGAAGUUUGAUGUGCUCCGUGCCAUAGAGUUGUUUCACUCCUACAGAGAAACACGAAGGAAGGAGGGCAUUGUGAAGCUGAAACCUCAUGAGGAACCUCUCCGUUCUGAGAUCCUUAGUGGAAAAUUUACCAUCUUAAAUGUUCGGGACCCAACAGGAGCCUCCAUUGCCCUCUUCACUGCCAGAUUACAUCAUCCCCACAAGUCAGUCCAACAUGUGGUACUUCAGGCUCUGUUUUACUUGCUAGACAGAGCUGUGGAUAGCUUUGAAACUCAGAGGAAUGGACUGGUGUUUAUCUAUGACAUGUGCGGUUCUAAUUAUGCCAACUUUGAGCUGGAUCUUGGCAAGAAAGUCCUAAACUUGCUGAAGGGAGCUUUUCCAGCUCGUUUGAAGAAAGUGCUGAUUGUGGGAGCACCCAUAUGGUUCCGAGUGCCCUAUUCCAUCAUCAGCCUCCUUCUGAAGGACAAAGUCCGGGAGAGGAUUCAGAUAUUAAAGACAUCUGAAGUCACCCAGCACCUGCCCAGGGAGUGCCUUCCAGAAAACCUGGGUGGGUACGUCAAAAUUGACCUCGCCACUUGGAAUUUCCAGUUUCUAUCCCAGAUGAAUGGCCACCCAGAUCCCUUCGAUGAGAUCAUCCUGUUCUCUCUCCCUCCGACCUUAGACUGGGACUCAGUGCAUGUCCCAGGUCCCCAUGCCAUGACCAUCCAAGAGUUGAUGGACUAUGUUAGCACCAGGCAAAAGCGGGGGAUAUAUGAGGAGUAUGAAGACAUCCGUCGUGAGAACCCUGUCGGCACUUUCCACUGUUCCAUGUCUCCAGGAAACCUAGAGAAGAACCGCUAUGGGGAUGUACCCUGCCUGGACCAAACUAGAGUGAAGCUGACAAAACGAAGCGGCCACGCUCAGACAGAUUACAUCAAUGCCAGUUUCAUGGAUGGCUACAAACAGAAGAAUGCUUACAUUGGGACACAAGGCCCUUUGGAGAAUACCUAUCGUGAUUUCUGGCUCAUGGUAUGGGAGCAAAAAGUCUUGGUGAUUGUCAUGACCACCCGCUUUGAGGAGGGCGGCAGGAGAAAGUGUGGCCAAUACUGGCCUUUAGAAAAAGACUCUCGGAUCCGAUUUGGCUUCCUCACAGUGACCAAUCUAGGCGUGGAGAAUAUGAACCAUUAUAAGAAAACAACGCUAGAAAUUCACAACACAGAGGAACGGCAGAAACGCCACGUGACCCACUUUCAGUUCCUGAGCUGGCCAGAUUAUGGUGUCCCUUCCUCGGCAGCUUCCCUUAUUGAUUUCUUGAGAGCCGUCAGGAACCAGCAGAGGCUGGCCGUCAGCAGCAUGGGAGCACGCUCCAAAGGGCAGUGCCCUGAGCCACCCAUAGUGGUCCAUUGCAGUGCAGGCAUUGGCAGGACAGGUACCUUCUGCUCAUUGGACAUCUGCCUGGCACAGCUGGAAGAGCUUGGCACCCUAAAUGUGUUCCAGACGGUGUCCCGCAUGAGGACCCAGAGGGCCUUCAGCAUCCAGACCCCUGAGCAGUACUAUUUCUGCUACAAGGCAAUCCUGGAGUUUGCAGAGAGGGAGGGCAUGGUGCCCUCCAGCCACAACCUCCUGGCCAUGGAGGGUCAGUAACUGUCCCACGAGCCUCCUAUCUGCUGCCCAGACUUCCUUAAACUACCCUGGACACCGCUGAGCCUAUAGGUUGCCAUCAGUUACACUGAAGCCAUGGACCAACCUCUUUCUUGUGUCUCCCGGCGCACGCGUGCACGCAAGGCAGCCUUUCCCUUUGGCUAGAUAGAUGUGGUGAAAUUGCCACUAGAAAGGGCCAGCAGCAAUGUGUUCUUAAUUCCUAGCACCUGCUAUCGAACUGUGCCUUAUUAAAACCAAAUUGUGGCU